AUUUUUCUGCAUUAUAAGUAAUAUUCUUGCUUUUAGUGCUCUCAUAAAAUUGCAGUCUUAUCAGUAGGCCAAUAUCAAGCUUUUAGCCUCAUUACAGAUCUACAAAAAUCAGAAAAUCCAACAAAAACCUACAUUAGUUGGUAGCAGUUUUAAAUGGUUUAUAACUAGUUGAAGUCAGUCCAAGCUGGUUUACAGUAGGUUUGAGAUGAAAGGAAAAUAAUAAUAAUAAAAAAAUAAUAUUUGUAAAAAGUUAAAAUAUACACCAUUUGACAAUCUUUCAUUCUGCUUUCUAAAGCCUGGUUGGUUUAUGUAAACAUACUUUGAUGGUGGGUAGAAAAUAUAGAGAAUAUUAUUUUUAUAUAUAAAAGAAAUUAAAUAUUUUUCAGAUAAUACUUUAUUGUCUUCAUUAUAUUCUUAUUGUCAGCCCUGUGUCCCUGUGUAUUGUGUUUUUCUGUCUCAUGUGCUCCCCAUGACUUAGUUUUCCCUCAUGUAUGCCCAUAUUUGGGUUUUCCUUUUCCUGUUCCUGUUCUCGUUUGGUCCCAUUCAGUUCUAUUAGUCCAAGCUGUGUUUUGAUUUGAUUCCUCCUUUGUUUAAUUAAUUACCUCGUUUAGUCCCUGUGUUUAUAAGCCCUGUGUUUCCCAUUGUCCAGCGUCUGGUAUUAACGUCAACGUUGUGUUCAUGUGAGUCUCACCUUGCCUUGUGUUACCCCUGUUGGAUUGUGGAUUAAAGACUGUUUAUUUUGAAGUUUACCUCCUUUAUCUCCUCGUUCCUUGUCUCGUCACAGUGCUCAACUGUGACAGAAUACCGGACCCUAAAACAGUAGCGGCGCCCCUUCUCCCGGAUUUGUUUCCGUUUUUUUUUUUUUUUUUUUAAGUUUUAUGUUUUCUGUUUUUUUUUUUUCUCAUGGCAUGGAAACCGGCGACGGCGUUAGAUGACGCAACCAUCAACUCGCUGUUCUGGCACGGGGCCAACUACCAUUGCCCCGUGGACCUCCUCCGGUGUCUGGAGAGUGUCUGGGCCCAAGCCAGAACCAGCCCACCGUCAGUCCCGCCGGCCGUUUGUCAGUCAAGCCUGUCGGCCGUUCAUCAGUCAAGUCAACUGGCCGUUCUUCAGUCUAGCCCUCCGGCCGCUCAUCAAUCAAUUUCGCCGGCCGCCACAAAAUCAAGCCGUUCAUCUGUCAAGCCCGCCGGCUGCCGCUCCCCCAAGCCUGCCGGCCGCACCGUUGUCAAGCCCUAUGCCGACAGCAGCUGUGUCUCUCACCUCAAGCCAAAGGAAGAAUCGGAGGAGGAAAAGGCUGUUGGCUCCAGCCCCGGAGUUCGCUCCAGUGUCAGCUCAAGCCCCUGACCAGAGUUAAGUCAUGUCCCCUGAAGCCUUGUCCACAGGAAUAAUUGUAGUCUGUCUAGUUGGUCUUUUCUUGUCCAUAGGGGUUCGUCUGAAGCAGGCUGCUUCUCCUGUCAUGGCCACGGAGGCCAUUCCCAAGCCGCUUGCUUCUCUAGUUGCCUCAAUGGAAGCGGUUCCUGAGUUCACCCCUGAGAGGGCCCCUGUCACCACGUUCAGCUCAAGGAGAGCUGUUGGUCUCAUGUCUGGCCCAGAGAGGGCCUCAGAUUCUGAGCUUAGCCCAGAGAGGGACCCUGUUCCUGUGGAUAGCCCACGGAGGGCUCCUGUUCCUGAGUCUAGCCCACGGAGGGCCUGUCAUUUCCCCCAAGGAAUUUUUUUGGCGGGGUUAUAGGGCACCGGCCGAAGGAUGAGGCCAAGGCCACGGAGGCUGCCCAGCCAUGGCCUCCUGAGCUCCCUGAUCCGCAAUGGCGCCCCGAACUGCCUGAUCCGCCAUGGUGCCCCGAACUGUCUGUUCUGCCCUGGAGGCCUCCCGUCCUGUAAGCCUGUCCCUAGAGGCCUCCAGAGCACCCCCCCCCCUCCCCGGUAGAUGUUAGGUGGCGCGUGGAUGCGCCUUCCAGGAGGGGGAGGUGAUGUCAGCCCUGUGUCCCUGUGUAUUGUGUUUUUCUGUCUCAUGUGCUCCCCAUGACUUAGUUUUCCCUCAUGUAUGCCCAUAUUUGGGUUUUCCUGUUCCUGUUCUCGUUUGGUCCCAUUCAGUUCUGUUAGUCCCAGCUGUGUUUUGAUUUGAUUUCUUCCUGUGUUUAAUUAAUUACCUCGUUUAGUCCCUGUGUUUAUAAGCCCUGUGUUUGCCAUUGUCUAGCGUCCGGUAUUAACGUCGAUGUUGUAUUCAUUUUUAGACACAGCAGGUCAAGAGGAAUUCAGCGCCAUGCGAGAGCAGUACAUGAGGACUGGUGACGGUUUCCUCAUUGUGUUCUCUGUGACGGACAAGGCCAGUUUUGAACAUGUCGACCGCUUUCACCAGCUCAUCCUACGAGUCAAAGACCGGGAAUCUUUCCCCAUGGUUUUGGUGGCUAACAAAGUGGACCUGGUGCAUCUGAGGAAAGUGACAAAUGAACAGGGCUGUGAGAUGGCUGCCAAACACAACAUUACGUACAUUGAAACAAGUGCCAAGGAUCCUCCUAUGAAUGUGGACAGAGCCUUUCAUGAAUUAGUCAGAGUUAUCAGACAGCAAGUUCCAGAGCGGAGUUUGAAAAAGAAGAAAAAGACAAAGUGGCGUGGAGACAGAGCCAUGAGUUCUCACAAGCUACACUGUGUGAUAUUGUGACUACCUCUCCUGUCGAAAUCAUCAGCUUUUGGCAACAUAAACUGCCAGAGAGGACUGACUAGAGAUCUGCACUAAUCAGAGGACCACAGACUUUAUCAAAAGAACUGGCAUGAAGUCAGACUAUAUCUUCCUGUCUCAGGGAAGCAUAUUUGGUGAGUCAAGGGAUCACUGCUGCCAGACCAAGGAGGAGCAAUCAGUACAACACGUCUAAUUUGAAGCACUGCCUGAAACGACAAAAAUCACAGCCAAUCAGAAAAUAUUUAAUGUUUAAUAUACUAUGUGGGAUACGGUUUUAGACCAGAGAGAUUGCACAGUGGGCAGAGCUAGAAAGAUCCAUCCAAACCUAAACCAUGCACCACAGUCAUUCACACACCUACAUCAAAAUUGUCUGCAGCUUCCAAACAUUCAUACAGUUAUGUAGAUUGAUUGUUUUGCAGAGCUGUCUGAACAUUGUUUUCAGUAGUUACAACAAUUAUGAAGGGAUAUCGUUGUUUUAACCUUCAAGGAGGAUUAAAAUCUGCCUUACAAAUGCAUAUUUAUUGACAUGUUUGAAGGAAUAUGUAGCUAUAAUAGAACUUGUUUAAGAAAACUUAAGUGUCAUUGAGUGUUUGAUACGUUGUCAAUAUGGCCUUUAAAGUUAAGCACAAAAAGUACUGACACGAUUGAAGGGCCCAUUGCACUAGCAAGACUUUUUGCACUUUCAGUAUUUACUCAUGGGCUUUUGAUGUUUAAAAUUGCCUUGUGAUUUUAAAGGCUCAUGUUUUUGAUUUUGUUGCACACUUAAAGUACAGGUGCUCUGAGCCAUUAUUCUAAAUCUGUAUAAUAGUCAGACAGAAAAUGCCCUCACUAUCUGGCAGAUAUCAAUAAAAUAUGUCCUGAGAAAUCACGUCCCGGUGACAGUUCUGUAAAUUAGAAACACUCCCAUUUAUAUAUUAUCAUUUGUAUAAUGAAAAAGUAACAUGGUUUCAGCAUUGAUAAUAAUAAAACAUUUCAUGAGCAUCAAAUCUGCAUAUAAGAAUGAUUUCUGAAAGAUGAUGUGACACUGAUAACUGGAGUAAUGGUUGCUAAAAAAAUUCAAUUUUGCCAUUAUAGGAAUAAAUUCCACUUUAAAAUAUAUAUUUAAAAAAAAAACAUUUAUUUUCAUAUUGUAAUAUGCAUCAAAAAUGCAGCCUUGGUGAACAUAAGAGACAUCUUGUGAUUUCAACAUUUUAAACAGUAGUGUACCUUUUAUUUUUCUCCAUAUGUGAUUGAAUGUUGCCAAGUGUAAAGAGAGAAGAGUAUGAUUGUGCUGGGUAGAUGGGUUAUAUUUUAUGCUUGAUAAACCUUCAAUGUUCAUCAAUUUGUCAAACCUUCUGUGCCUCAGUUUCCUCUGUGUUGGACCAAUUGCAUGUGCCUGUGCCAGUGUGAUAAUAAUCAAUUUCUUAACCACUGGUUCCUCUAACUGAAGCUGAGCCCAUCUGCCAUUAAAAACAUGAGGGGCCCUUAGCCAAAUGUUAUGUUGUAUUGUUCAAUACCACUUUGCUCUGCUCGACACAUACAUAAAUCAGUAAAUCAGCAAGGAACCAUAUCAAACAUUUGCUGUUAUCUGUUGAAUGAGGAGUUUUUGGUUGAUUUUGCUAUUGUUGGGAAACUUCAGGUCUAAUGAGCUAGAGAGUACAAUAUAUCCGGAAGCUCUGUUAGAAUUAGUUUAAUGUUGACAGGAGACAUUGGUUUAAAUUGACAUAGAUGAAUUUCCACAGUAAAAUCACAGCAUUCUAACAAUACAUUCCAUUUUGAUCCCCUACAAAUAUUGUUGUAAAUUUUUAGUUUUUUCUUUGGUUGGUCAAUUACAUUAAACACUCCAUAAUCAUGAAGUCAUAAACUGGUGUAGUAGUAGCUGGUCAUGAGAUCAGAGAUCGUAUAAAUCCAAUUCCAUGUUGUUAUAUUAUAUGAUAUAAUAGAUCUGGACGAGCUUUGUUAAGCAUUAAUCAUUGUUUACAUGCACUGCUUGUAAAUGAGGAAGUGAGUUGAUUUGCAUUCAAAGGUCAUCAUGGGUCUAAUGGAUUUUUUUCUGUUCUGUGGCUUUUUUUUUUUUUUUUGUGAAUGAAUAGAAAGAUUGUGUGUUGCAUUACAUGUCACUUGUUUUACAAUGCUAAUGUUUAUUUAAUAAGUUACAUCUCAUUAGAGAAGCAUGUCAGGUUGGUUAUUGCUGUGCAACAAAUGCUUUGUUUGCUCCUUUUUUCACCCUGAUAAGCUUGUUUUAAUAUGCAUGUCAUUAUGAUAAAGCUGCUCUGCUUUGUUUCAAGUGACUCAGAAGUAAAUGACAUGCCAAGUUGCCUUGGGUGGUUUAUGGUUUUUAAAUAAAAGAUUCUUCAUACA